AUAAGGAGGGUAUCCCCCCGGAUCAGCAGCGUCUCAUCUUCGCUGGUAAGCAGCUCGAGGAUGGCCGCACCCUGAGCGACUACAACAUCCAGAAGGUAUGAGCGACUCUUCCGAAAUAUGAUUCUUUUUCGCACAUCGGUUCAGACAUUCUAUGUUCGCUGCGCCUGGGGUCUCGGGGUUUAUGGAUUGGAAAGAUGCUCUGGGUUAUUCGAUAUGGAAAGCUACGGUCGCCUUGCGUCGAUCUUUGGUGAUGAAUAUCCUGUCUGUUUGAUGAUGGGGCGUUUGCUUGUGUCAAGUCCUUCGGGACCGCUUGCGCCUUCACAUACCAUCAUCUUUGGAGGAUUAUCACUCUCGGAAACCUCACCCAGCGCUGCGAACCACGAACGAUCCGACCAGCAUGUGCGAUCAGGGAGGGAAUUCUGUUGGCUAACGCAAUACUCGUCAAAUAGGAGUCCACCCUUCACCUCGUCCUCCGUCUCCGUGGUGGUAUCAUCGAGCCCUCCCUCAAGGCCCUCGCCUCCAAGUACAACUGCGAGAAGUCCAUCUGCCGCAAGUGCUACGCUCGUCUCCCUCCCCGUGCCACCAACUGCCGCAAGAAGAAGUGCGGUCACACCAACCAGCUCCGCCCCAAGAAGAAGCUCAAGUAAACGAUUCUCCUGUUACGGUUUUUCUGCGUUGCUGGGGGGAGGAAAGCGCUGCUGGGGUGGUUACGACCGGAUUGCAACGUAGGGUAUUACACGGCGUUGGAAUGAUAAAACAUUAUGGCCGAAGUCAAAUGUCCAUAGUUGGCUGCUCGGAAGAAGUUGCAAUCGAAAUACAAUUGUAAAAUUCAAAUUCCCUUUGGUUCAUUUUGAUCUACUGUGGAGGGAAAAGUAGGAAAGGUACACAUCACACACGCAGUGCUGUCGCGCCGCG